AAUCCACUAACAUAUACUAGCAAGAGAACACAGACAUUUCAUUUGUUCUAAGUUUUUAUCUUUAAUUAUUUGGUGGGAGGGGCUCAAAUAGGCAUUUUUAGUUAGUAUUGUUUGAAUAACAGAUGAGGCUUUAAUCAUUUGGUUGCCUGAUGGGGUGGUUGAUUAGGAUGGUGUCACUCAUGUGACCAGGAAUUUGUGCUGGCUUUUGACUACUCCCUGUAUCUACAGGAUAGUCAAGGUUCUUCACAGUAUAUUGUAUUUAUUAAGGCUAACACUAAAUCUUUUCAACCCUGUGUUUAUGUCAUGUUACUGAUGUCCGAUUGGCCAAGUUAAGUUAAAUGGUAAUAUCUGGGUCACUGUCCAAGGCCCCUCAGAGUACCUGGAUACAGGAAGAUGUGCCAUUUGGGAACCAUUAUUGGAACAGUAUACCACAAUGAAUAUGUAUUGGGUACAUUUUUUCUAUAAAAUUGUUAGUGAAAAAUACUGAGUUGUAACAUACAUACUUACCAUGAUAUUUACCUAUUCAAAAGCAAGAGGUAUUGGAAACACUCAGUGGAGUCCUAGGUGAUAUUCUUGCAUUAAUAGGAAAAUAGUUUAUACACUUCCCAGUGUGUUUCUGUAAUUCUAAUUACAGUAAAGACAUAAUAUGAUUUGAUUUAAAUUAUUCAGUUAUUUCUUUAAUAUCAAUUCUGUAGGUAAUAUUUAUCCAAACAAAUGGACUGUGGAUACAUCUUUUAUAGGGACUGUGGUACCUACACUUAAGACAUAAAGGUUCUUCUCCCACAGGAAAGCUUUUGUUCUUUUGCAGCUUAUGUGUAGUGUUUUAAGCAGGAAGAUCAAGGACAAAGCCACAUUGGUUCUUUUCUGACUGUACUUCAUUUGCCAUUUGCCUUCUCUCCAGGACAUGCUUCCAAAAUCUUCUGUGCAUUGCCAACGACCACAAAAAUCAAAUGGAUCUCUCGGAUUGGUGUCAUUUGAGGAUGUGGCUGUGGACUUCAGCUGGGAGGAGUGGCAAGACCUGGAUGAUGCUCAAAGGACCCUUUAUAGGGAAGUGAUGCUGGAGACUUAUAGCAGCCUAGUGUCCUUGGGGCACUGUGUUUCUAAACCUGAGGCGAUUAUUAAGCUGGAACAAGGAGCAGAGCCAUGGAUAGGAGAAGAACCCUCAUAUCAGAGCUUUGCAGGGCACUGUGUUCCUAAACCUGAACUGAUUGUUAAACUGGAGCAAGUGGCAGAGCCACAGGUGGGAGAAGCCCCAGACCAGAAUUUCACAGAUGUCCAGCAAGUGGAUGACCAGAUUGAGAUAUGCCAGGACAGUCCAGACAGACAUCUGUGGCAAGUUGUAAUUACCAGCAGCAACACAGUGGAGGAAAGAGUUAGAUUAGGAAAAACUUGUAAUUUGAGCUCAAACCAUAAAUCAGAGCUGAUAAUGAAUAAUGGGAACUACUUAGGGUUUAGGACUGGAGAAUUUCUUGUUUAUCAGAACAUGCUUCUCCAUAGUGAGCCUGAUGAGAUGCAUGUUGGGGAGAAGCCUGUUGCCUCUCAUGUAUUUGAACAAUCCCUGAGACAUUCUAAGCAUCUUAGUCAGCAUCAUGAGAGUCCACCUGGGCAGCAGAAUUUUGAUUAUGGUGGAGAAGGGAAGGUAUUAAACUCAGAGACCAUAUUCUUUAUACAGAAGAGGUUUUGUGUGGGAGAGCCAUCCUAUAAGUACAGCGAAUAUAGGGAAGCCUAUGACAAGCCUGCUCUCAUUGUCCAAGAAAUAACUCAGGUAGGGCAGAAAACAUUUGAAUGUGCUGCAUGUGGGAAAACAUUCUACAUAAAAUCUAUACUCAAAACACAUCAGAAAAUCCACAGAGAGAAUUCCUGUAUAUGUAGUGAAUGUGAGAAAUCCUUUGUUAAGAAAGUAUACUUUACAAAACAACAAAGAAAGCAUAUAGAUGAGAAGCCCUAUGAGUAUAACAAAUGUAUAAAAUCUUUCUGUCAGAAGUCAAAUCUCACUGUACAACUUCGAACUCUCAAAAGUGAAAAACCUCAUGAAUGUAAUGAAUGUAGCAAAUCUUUUUAUCGCAAAUCAGACCUCACUGUACACCAGAGAACUCACACAGGAGAGAAACCUUAUGAAUGUAAUGAAUGUAGAAAAUCUUUCAACCAGAAGUCAAAUCUCAGCAGGCAUCAGAGAACGCACACAGGAGAGAAGCCUUAUGAAUGUAACAAAUGUGGAAAGUCUUUCAAUCAGAAGUCAGAUCUUAUUUUACAUCAGAGAACUCACACAGGAGAGAAACCACAUGAAUGUAAUGAAUGUACGAAAUCUUUCUAUAAGAAGUCAGACCUCACUGUGCAUCAGAGAACACACACAGGAGAGAAACCCUAUGAAUGUAAUGACUGUAGAAAAACGUUCUAUCAGAAAUCAAAACUUACUAUACACCAGAGAACACAUACAGGAGAGAAACCCUAUGAAUGUAAUGAAUGUGGGAAGUCUUUCUAUCAGAAAUCAGACCUCACUGUACAUCAGAGAACACAUACAGGAGAGAAGCCUUAUGAGUGUAAUAAAUGUAGGAAAUCUUUCUACCAGAAGUCAGUCCUCACUGUGCAUCAGAGAACACACACAGGAGAGAAACCCUAUGAAUGUGAUAACUGCAGGAAAACCUUUUGCCAGAAGUCACAUCUCAGCAGGCAUCAGAGAACGCAACAUAAAGCAGAAACCCUGUGAAUGUAAAUAAUGUAGGAAGUCUUUCAACCGUAAGUCAAAUUUCAGCAAGCAUCAGGGGAAUCGAAACACACAGGAAAGAAACCCCCUGUAGGAAAACUUUGUGUUGGAAAUCUCAUUUCACCAAACAGGGACAUGGAAGAGGUGAGCCAGGUGUUCUCUAAAACCAUUUUCUUCUCUUGGUCAAACACUGAGUCCACAUUUCUCAGCCUCUCAUGAUCUCAAAUGGGGCAAUGUGUACCUGAACAUUAUCCAGAGGAUUUGAACUCAAGUGAUAGGCAUUAUUUCCAGUCCUGUGAACAGAUGACUAUCUGAUUCUCUGGUUAGGAAAGUGAGGUUGUGGAUGUC